AGUUACAGCUGUGACGUCACGGGGUUUGAAUCAAUAUCUCGUUCCAUCCGUCCGUCCGACGAAGCUAGCUGCGAGCUGGGAGCUAUCAGUGCGGGGAGGCCGCCGCGACGCUAGAGACGCCGACCCUACCGACGCUCCGUCUCUCCGUCGCCCGGGUACGUCGACGAUUUCGCGAAAGCCCGCCGCCGAAUUUUAGUGAUGAGGCAAAAAAAAAAACAAAAAUGAGGAGUAAAAAUAAAUUCAUAAAAACAGCUAAAUGAGCGAGUAAAAAAGCGCUGCUUAAAUUUUUUUUACCUUCGAUUAUUUCGUUUAAACAUUAAAUGAAAUAAAUGAAAACGUAAUCGUACGUUAACUUGUGUCGAAUUACGGUGACAAUCGAUUGUGUUCCUCGCCAUAGUUCAAGAAUCGUAAUAGGUGCAAUCUGAGGCCGCGUAAAAAGCUAGGGGCAUAGUUUGGUUCCUCUGAUUAUAUCGAUAUUGGUAAGCGAGUGAGAAGUAAGAGAUAUAAGUUUGGGAGGAAUCGAUGGCCAUCAGUGCCCAUGGGCGGCCUCGCGUUUAGAACAAGGAACAGCCCCUCCCAGAAGACCUCGCUCAGGUGGGGCGACUGCUGCCCUCCGAACCUGAACCCCCCGUCGACGGCAGCAUCCUCGUUGGCAUCGGUCAUACCCAAGAGCCGUCACCUGGCCAUGCCACCUGUACCCGUGUGAGGUUGCCCUCCGCUGCUGCGCGACUGUACGCCCAGAGGUGCUCAGAGGUUUCCAAACGUUCCCAAAACAGAGAACACACCGAACCUCUUGGACUUGCAUCUUCAUCAACUUGACUUGACGCCCGUCGAUCUAUCAUCACCCAGCAACAUGAUCAACAUCGCUGGGGUUAUUUCCAUUGUUUUGUUUUACCUUCUAAUUUUGGGAGUGGGAAUAUGGGCGGCCAGGAAAAAAGAGGCUGGAAACGAUUCCGAGGAAGAGGUGAUGCUGGCCGGACGGUCCAUCGGCCUCUUCGUCGGGAUCUUCACGAUGACGGCCACGUGGGUCGGCGGAGGCUACAUCAACGGAACAGCCGAGGCUAUCUACACCAAAGGGCUGGUGUGGUGUCAGGCACCAUUCGGAUACGCCCUGAGUCUCGUUUUUGGCGGGAUAUUCUUUGCAAACCCGAUGCGGCGGCAGGGCUACAUCACUAUGCUGGACCCCCUGCAGGAUGCGUUUGGCGAGAGAAUGGGUGGUUUGCUCUUUUUACCAGCGCUAUGUGGCGAGGUCUUUUGGGCGGCGGGAAUUCUCGCUGCUCUUGGCGCCACCCUGGCAGUAAUAAUCGACAUGGACCAAGGGACGUCCGUUAUUCUGAGCGCGUGUAUCGCGGUGUUCUACACUCUGUUUGGCGGCCUCUACUCCGUCGCCUAUACGGACGUGAUCCAACUGUUCUGCAUUUUUAUCGGCCUGUGGAUGUGCAUCCCCUUUGCAUGGAUGAAUCCCAAGGUCGAGUCGCUUAGUUCGAUGGACGUGGAUUGGAUCGGCGAGGUAAAACCAUCGGAAUAUUGGUACUACAUGGACUACGGGCUUCUACUAGUCUUCGGAGGAAUACCUUGGCAGGUGUACUUCCAGCGAGUUCUCUCCUCGAAGACCGCUGGCAGGGCCCAAAUCCUGAGCUACGUGGCUGCCGUUGGAUGCAUCCUGAUGGCCAUUCCUCCAGUUCUAAUCGGAGCCAUAGCCAAGGCGACGCCGUGGAACGAGACCGGGUACACCGGACCUUAUCCGUUGACGGAAACGGAAACAAGCAUGAUCCUGCCGAUGGUUCUCCAGUACCUGACACCGGAUUUCGUGUCUUUCUUCGGCCUGGGAGCAGUCUCAGCUGCCGUGAUGUCAUCAGCGGACAGCAGCAUUUUGUCAGCGAGUUCCAUGUUCGCUAGGAACGUCUACAAGCUCAUCUUCCGCCAGAGGGCUUCAGAGAUGGAGAUAAUCUGGGUGAUGAGGACGGGUAUCGGUGUUGUCGGGAUCCUUAGUACGGUGAUGGCGUUAACGAUACCCUCGAUAUACGGGCUCUGGUCGAUGUGUUCCGACCUGGUGUACGUCAUCUUGUUCCCCCAGCUGCUGAUGGUCGUCCACUUUAAACCGUAUUGCAACACCUACGGCAGUCUUGCAGCGUACAUAAUUGCUUUCAUGGUCAGAAUCAGCGGUGGCGAGCCUCUGAUGGGACUUCCGGCACUCAUUCAUUAUCCAGGUUACGAACCGGAGACCGACACCCAGCUAUUUCCCUUCAGGACAAUGGCAAUGUUGAUGUCUCUGGUGACGUUGGUCGGUGUUUCGUACGGCACUCAGGUCGCGUUUAUGACCGGCAAGCUUGCGCCUGGUUACGAUAUAUUUAGAUGCGUGGUCAACAUACCCGAGGACGUAGAGCGAGUGGGUCCCGAUCCCGCGGAAGGUGAACAGAUGGCUGUGCUGGCCGGCGGGUCGGCCAGACUUUACGGCAGCAAAGAUGAAUCCAACGGCCGAGUGAAUCAAGCGCUCGAGCCGGACGACGAUAUGGAACCAGGUUGUGGCGUAGGCGGAGGUGGCGGGUGCAGCGUUUUGGGUCAGUUGGGACCUCACGUCGAUCGCCAGCCGCAAUCCAGCACCGCGUUCUAACUCCAGGUUCCAUGAUCGGAUGCUGUGACCAACAAUAACUCCGGUGAUGCGGUGUUUCUUCGUUUCUCCAUUCAUUCUUCUUUCGUUUUUUUCAUUAUUGCGCAACUGUACAAUUGUAUUGCGUAGGUUCUAUACUGCUAUUUUGUAUAGGAUGCUUUCUGGUGCUCUUAAUAUGAACGGUUCUUUCAUGCCACUGCGAUUCCGUGUAUAGUAUAGUGAUAACACCGUGCGAUUUUUGUCCGAUAGAGGUUCAAGCACAGUGGGCUUGACCUACAAAAUAAUCACGAUGUAAAUAUCCUUGCGAUUAGUUCGUGACGACGGUGAUCGUGGUAUGAUUUGCACAAAGAUCGGAAGGAUACGCGGAGAUGAUUGCGGAAAUUCCCCGGCGCGUUUUCAACGUCCGAUCAAUGGGUCGAAGGUCAUCGCUGAGGUCAUAUCACUUGUGGUCAGGAACAGUUAUCGUAGUCUCAAUUAAGCAAUAAUUUUGAAGUUAACGCAUUACAUUUACAUAACGUACAUGUUAGCUGUUUGCACAUCGGGGAAAUGAGAGCACCGCAUCGCCUAUUAGGCCUAGUCAUUUUGUUUUUAAAUAUGUUUAGUACUAAAUGAAUAUAAAUAAAUAAAUAAAUAUAUUACAUGUAUAGAUACAAAUUAUAUUGAAAUCGGCUGAGUUUCAGGGCGGUUCAUAGGAUCUAAACUAGAUCGCGGAUCGCGUUGCGAAGACUCGUUUAUAGUCGCUAGUGAUCAAUGUAACGUUCGAAAGUACUUAUUUGAAAUAAAUUCUGCCGGUAUAAAUAAAAGUAGGCAAUUCACGGCGGACGCUGAUUGGAGUAGACGUGUUAUAUAAGAUUCACGGUAGAAUAGCGAGCAGCCCACAGCGUGCUCCAUGUAACGUGCGGUGUACAUAUGAUCCUGUCAUUUUUAAUUACUUGUGUGGACUUUCGUGUUGGGCACCGAGCGUGUGUAUUGGCAUUUAUUUCGGAAUUAUUGCCGUGCAUGCUGCGGUGUAUGUAUUAAUAUAAUAUACUGUUCCAAAAUAUCGAUUAUAGAUCGAUGCUUUUCUACGUAAUCGUCGCAUGAUCGUAGCAAUCAAGCUUAUGUUAUACGAUUAGUGGCGGAAAAAUUUCGGAAUCUUUUGACGUGCAACAGUAUUAAAUUUGAAAGCUAUACAUAGAAUUUGUGUUAAUGAUCGCGUGUGUGUACAAUUCUAGGUUUUAGCCAAGCGUGUAAUAGACACAAGGCCCCGAAAGUCAGCUGAUCGGUUAUAUUUAUUAUAUAAUAUAUAUUGCCAUAUAUAGUAUAUAUAUAGUUUAUAAUAUAGUAUAUAUUGCCAUAUUGUUUGAAUGAAAUAAUGAAUAGCCAGUAAGUAUAACUUAUACAUACCCAAGACAAGACUAUACUACAGUAUACAUAUUACCAACCGUACAUAUCAGUGCAUAUCGAAAAUAGUUGAUAUUAGAUUAUACCUAUAAUGUAAGUAAAUAUGAGAGUUUUUAUGAAAUAUGAAUGAAUAUUUAAUUUUCGUAUCACCUUGUUACAAAUGCUAUUUUUUAAUUAAAAAAAAAAAAAAAAAAAAUAUUCAAUUCCAAGACACGGAAGUAUGGGCCGUGCAAGUGCAAUAGCAUUUAAUUG